AUGGAUAUGUCUGUUGAAUCAACGCCUGCCGAAACAGAGAGACCCAUGUCAGAUGUAGAGGAGACAACCCCUCUGGCCGUAACUGAUUAUGAAGCCAUAGCGAGUAAAAUUAUGCCUGAUCUUCCACAAGAAAUUGAAGACUUUCAAUAUUACACAUGGCAAGUCAACGACAAUCGGCCACGCUCUCUAAUCGAGAAUGACACGACCAACAUCACAGCUUUCGUACGAGUACUGAAGGAUCCUACAGGUGUCCUAUGGCAUAACUUCAUCAAUUAUGAUUCAAAGAAGGAAACUGGGUAUGUGGGUUUGAAGAAUCAAGGGGCCACAUGUUAUAUGAACUCCCUGUUACAAUCGCUCUAUUGUACAACCUAUUUUCGUAAGGCGGUUUACGCGAUUCCGACGGAAGAAGAUGAGCCGAUCAGAAGUGUCUCUUUAGCCCUGCAGAGGGUAUUCUAUCAGUUACAGACGUCAAAUACUCCGGUCGGAACGACGGAGUUGACAAAGUCUUUUGGAUGGGAUUCGUUGGAAUCUUUUAUGCAGCACGAUGUUCAGGAGUUUAACCGAGUGUUGCAAGAUAAUCUUGAGGGCAAAAUGAAGGAUACAAAAGCGGAUGGCGCUAUCACAAAGCUUUUUGUUGGAAAGAUGAAGAGUUACAUUAAAUGCGUCAAUGUAGAUUAUGAAUCUUCCCGCGUUGAAGACUAUUAUGACAUUCAACUGAAUGUGAAAGGGUGUAAGACCUUGCAUGAUUCUUUCAAGGAUUAUAUACAGGAGGAAACUUUGGAGGGGGAUAAUAAAUAUCAAGCAGAAGAAUAUGGUCUUCAGGAUGCGAAGAAAGGAGUGAUAUUUGAGAGUUUCCCGCCGGUUUUGCACUUGCAAUUAAAGCGAUUCGAAUAUGAUGUUCAAAGGGACGCUAUGGUUAAAAUUAAUGAUCGUCACGAAUUCCCCAUGGAGAUUGAUUUGCAAGAAUUCUUGUCACCAGAAGCAGACCGAUCGAAACCGCAUCGAUAUUUACUCCACGGGUUUGUAAAGGCCAAUAGCGAUAAAUAUUACGGGGAUUUACACGGCGGUCAUUAUUUUGCAUUAUUGAAACCAGAGAAAGAUGGAAAAUGGCUAAAAUUUGAUGAUGACCGAGUUACACCAGUGACAGAAAAGGAGGUGUUGGAGGAUAAUUACGGAGGUGAAGUUCCAAAUUCCAGCCCUCUACCCGCUAUUCGACCUGGUGGGAGAAACCUGAAAAGAUUCACGAACGCCUAUAUGUUAGUAUAUAUCCGUGAAUCCGAUGUCGACGAGAUUUUAUCUCCGGUGCUUCCAGAAGAAAUACCGGAUCAUUUACGUAGGAUUUGGUUUGCCCUAGAAAGGCGCCUUGACGAGGAAAGAGCGGCACAAGAACAAAAAAAGAAAGAGGCCGAGGAACGGCACCUCUAUUUACAAGUCAAGGUUGUAACUGCCGAAACCUUUAGAAGCCAUCAAGGAUUCGACCUUGCCAACUUUGACGAUCGCCAAUAUCCUCUUUCAGAAGUUCCUCAUUUCAAAGUGCUUAAGAGUGAUACGUAUGGUGCAUUCAAAGAGAUGGUUGCCAAGAAAUUUGAGAUUCCAGUUGAACAGAUACGAUUCUGGGUUCUUGUGAACCGACAAAACAAGACCGUUCGACCGGAUGCUCCUAUAUCAGAAAAUUUUAUUGGCUCAACGAUGGAAGAAAUUCACUCAAAAAUGGCGGCACGACAGAACGAACUAAAACUAUACUUGGAAGUUUCCGACAAGCCAAGUAGUACCAAGUUUACAAAAGUCGGGGAUAUCAUUCCAAUUCUCUGUGAAAAGAAGGACUUCCCGCCGAAUACGCCUCUGAAGAUAUACGAGGAAAUUAAACCCGGAAUGAUUGAAGAAAUGAAACCAAAAUCAACCCUUCAUCAAUCCGAGAUACAGGAUGGAGAUAUAAUUUGUUUUCAAAAGGCAUUAACAGAAAAAGAGAUUCAAGGCCAUCAGGAUGCUGGUCGUAUCUACAGUAUUCCCCAGUUUUAUGAACAUCUGUCGAUGCGUAUUGUGGUUCAGUUCAAACCAAAGUUAAAGGAUCGUGAACCAAAACCCGAAUUUGAAUUGGUUCUAAACAGGAAGAUGGGCUAUGAUGCUGUUGCCAACCAGGUCGCCGCACACCUAAAUACUGACCCUCUGAAAUUACGUUUUACAACGGCGAGUUCACCGUCCGGCACACCAAAAAAUGUGAUCAAGCGAACUACCACCCAAACAUUAUCAGACAUGCUUCAAGCAUCAUAUCUCCCCUCUGCACAACUAUUCUAUGAAAUGCUUGAUAUUAGUAUUGUAGAAUUAGAGACAAAGAAAUUCUUCAAGGUUAAUUGGCUCGGAACUACCAUUAAGGAUGAGGAAAUUAUUGACGUCCGUCUUCCAAAAACUUCUGUCGUCGAUGAAAUCAUAGAUGUGAUUCGACAAAAGGUAUCCCUAUCGAGUCCAAACAGUAAAAUCAGAUUGUACGAAGUCAAUAAUCACAAAAUUCACAAGGAAUAUGUCGGAACAGAAUUAGUGGAGAGAAUAGCAGAUUACGUGACACUAUACGCAGAGGAAAUACCUCAAGAAGAGAUGGAGGCAGGAGCCAAUGAAAAAGUCGUUCAAGUAUUUCAUUUUACCAAGGAACCACUACGAUCACACGGAAUUCCUUUCAAGUUCGUUAUCAAAACCGGCGAGAGCUUUCCUGAGACCAAAGUGCGUCUCCAGGAGCGCCUUGGCAUGAACGAAAAAGAUUUCGCUAAAGUAAAAAUUGCGGUUGUUCCAGGUACUGCAUAUCCGAAACCCCAUUAUGUUGAAGACGAAGUAAUUUUAUCGGACAUUAAAUGGAAUAGUGAGGAUUGCUUAGGAUUGGACCAUGUAGACAAAACCGGACGUGCAGGGAGGGUCGGAGGUGCCGAGAAGGCGAUUAUUAUUAGAGGUUAA